UUUCAUUCCAGACGCAUUAUUUGCCAAUUUUGCGUAUUCGCUGCUGUAAUUUGUUUUUGUAGUGUUUGUACAAUAAAUUAAAAUUCAAGUUGUGCUUUAAUUAAAAAAAAAAAAAGAAGAGGAAUUUUUCUUGAUAAUUGAUAGAUAAAAGUGAUUGCGAAAAAUUAUUCAAGUGGUGGUGAUUUCUGUUAUUUAUAUCAUAAUUUUUUUUUCACAAGUCACUGGUCCGGCGACUCCGAAUCAAGCAUUAAUUUUACAAGAUGUCGCAUCCAUUUAAAAAAGAGCAAUUGAUUGAAUUGAAAUUUUUCACGGAGAUGUGCAUUAAAGAUCCAAAUAUUUUGAAUGUUCCUGAACUUUCAUUUAUGAAAGAUUUUGUAAAACAUUUUGGUGGUACAGUACCCGAACCAAAAUAUGAAAAGAAACCCCAGGAAUUUAAAGCAAGUGAACCGGAAAUUGAAUCCGAACCAGAAAGUGAGGAAAGUGAUAUUGAAUUAGAUAUGACUGGUGUUAUAGAACCAGACAUGGAUGCACCGCAAAAAAUGGGUAAUCUAACAGUUGAACCAACGGAGGAGGAAAUUUCUGAAUCGCAAACAAAACGUUCGGAUGCGGUGGCAGCGUAUGCUGAGAAAGAUUUUGAAAAAGCAAUAAAACUCUAUACCGAGGCAAUUGUAUUAAAUCCACAUGCUGCACUUUUAUAUGCAAAACGUGGACAAGUUUAUUUAAAUAUAAAAAAACCAAAUUGCUGCAUUCGCGAUUGUAAUCGUGCAUUAGAAUUGAAUUCGGAUAGUGCAGCGGCGCAUAAAUUUCGUGGACGUGCCUAUCAACUUUUGGGCAAAUGGGAAGAGGCAGCUAAUGAUUUGAGAUUUGCCUGUCAACUUGAUUUUGAUGAACAAGCCGACGAAUGGCUACGAGAAGUUACGCCAAAUGCGAGAAAAAUUGAGGAACACAAAAGAAAACAGGAGCGCAAAGCAUCCGAGAAACAAGAGCAGAAGCGACAAGAGAGAUUGCAAAAAGCACGAGAAGCUGCGAAAGAUCGCGAAGAUAAUACACGACCUUCACAAACCGAUUCCGCAGGUGGUGCACCGGGAAUGAAUGAUUUUCAUGAAUUUUUGAGCGAUCCCGACGUUCUUGAAUCUUUCCAGGAUCCCGAAGUGGCAGAGGCAUUUAAGGAUAUAUCCUCGAAUCCAUUAAAUAUGAUAAAAUAUCAAAAUAAUCCGAAGAUUAUGUCAUUAAUAACAAAGGUCGCAUCAAAAUUCGGAGGCGCAGGUGGAAUGGGAGGAUUUCCUGGUAUGAUGGGUGGAAUGCCAGGAUUUCCUGGAACUGGUGCGACACCACCACCAAAGCCAUCUGCUCCCAAUGAUGACGUUGGUCUUGAUUAAAUUUAAAAAAAAAAAACAAUCAAGACUCCAGAUUUGCAAGUUUUCAAUGGACCCUACUUUCUGGCAGAGAGGAAAAUUUUUACGUCAUUAUAAUGUUACAUUUUAUUUUUUAAUUUUUUUUACUCUAUAGAAAGUUUAAUAAUUAUUCUCAUCAUCAAUUCAAUUAAUUUAGUUGACAAAUAUUUUACAUGUACUAAAUAUAAUUUAGAUUUUUAUAAUCAAAAAAAAAUUUUUUUGUUUUAGGAAAAAAAAUAGAUUUUCUUUUUUUAUACAUAGAAUUUUGAACACCAAGAGUUGUAAAUUGUUGAUAAUAAUCAUGUAAAAUGAAUAUUUUACAAAAAAGUGAUGAAUUUACAAUUGAAAAAAACUGCCAAAAUUAUAUGAAUAAUAAAUGUGAGUUGCAUUUAAUUUUUUUUAUACAUGUAAUAAUAAUAAUAAUAAUUAUUCUUAUAAGGAGUGGAAAACGAAGGCAGUUUUUUUUACUUUUUCUAAAAAAUAAAACGAUUUACAAAUCAUAUUCUAGUUAUUGUCUGCAUUUAUAUAUAUGUGUGUGUAAAUACAUAUAUAAAUGUAGGAGAAUUCAAUAAAAUCUUAAAUUUA